CAUGAACAAGAUGUGGGAAGGUCUUUGAUGCGAUGGCUCGUACGUCAGAGUUGGUAUUUCUCCCCAUCUAGAAUUGUGUCAGGAUUGUAGCCUUCAGAACUGUGGAAGUACAGGUUCAAGUACGAGCUCUACGACGCGAAUCCUACUACACAUUUGUAUUGUCCACGAUGGAAUCGCUCAGGUUUCCAGUUGACUUGUCGGAUUUGCAGAUGAAGUUAAACCCACUCUUUCGAACGAUCCUUGCAUCGCCAGCAGUACAAAGUGCCAAACCAUCGAGCACUGCUGACGAGGUCGCCAUCUUCCUCUUCCUUCUUUCAGCUCUUGGCUACCUCACGCAUGGCCGAAUUUGGGAUAAGCCGGAUCCUCAUCAUGGCAUAUGGUUCGAAAGGCCACAACUUUCCAACGGUUCUUCAGAAGGCAAAGUGACUGCCACUCGAGAUGUCGUCCAGAAGCUUGUAGAGGGUGACUACCACUGUGUUAUAUUUUGGGGCUCUCAAUCUGGUACCUCGGAACGGUUUGCAGAAACACUUGGGCGCGAGUGCCUCUCCCACUUCGGUAUCAAUGCUCUUGUAGCGGACAUCUCAGACUACGAUGCCGAUACUAUUUCUAAGAUACAAGCAACACACUUCGCCAUUUUCAUAAUCAGUACAUACGGCGAGGGCGAUCCCAGCGACAACGCAGCCGGACUGUGGGAUUGGAUUAAACAAUUGAAGGACGAGAAGUCGAGGCUGGAGGACCUUCGUUACUUCGCGUUCGGCCUCGGAAACAGUAACUACAAGUACUACAAUCGUGUACUGGACGUUGUGGCCGAUGCUCUCGAUGAUGCUGGUGCCAACCCUCUCAUACCUCGGCACAAGGCAGAUGAUGCCAACGGCGGCACAGAAGAAGACUUCCAAGCAUGGAAAGAUGAUGUCUUUACUCUUUUCCGCCAGCUUGGCUUUGAACAGAAGAUCGUGGAGUAUAAACCGACGAUCGAGCUCACAUUUAGUGGUGAGAACAAGAAUGGGGAAGACUCCAGUCCGGCGGCAUCAUUGAUCCAUCAGCAAACCUCGACACAAUCCGCCAUCGUACCGUUGACCAUCAGAAGUGCUCAUCAGUUGUUCGCUGCUGGAGAUCGGAAUUGCCUCCACAUGGAGCUUGAUCUUGGGAACAACGACGUCGUAUACAAGACUGGGGACCACAUUGGCAUCUGGCCAUGUAACCCAGAUGAAGAAGUCGAGAGGCUUUUACACGCUCUCGGAGCGCAAGCAAGAAGACAUGACGUCUUCAGUACUACGAGCGACAACGAUUCAGUCAAACCAAAGAUCCCAUCGCCAACGACACUUGAAGCUGCUUUCCGACACCACCUCGAGAUCUGCGCUCCAGUCGCACGUAAGACUGUGCAGGAUAUUGCACAAUAUGCACCAACACCUGAAGCGAAGGCAAUGCUUCUAGAGAUUGGGCGCAAUCGUGAGCAGUAUGAGCAGCUUACUUCGACCACACAUAUAACACUUGCUCGCCUUUUGCAACUGGCCAGUCCUAAUGAGCCGUGGAUAUCACUACCUCUGGCGUUCGUCAUCGAGAACCUGCUAUCACUACAACCGCGUUACUAUUCCAUCUCAUCUAGCUCUGUUAUCGCUCCUCGUCGCAUCGCAGUCACUGCCCUAGUAGUCAACAAGACUAUUGGCGAAGACUCGAAAUCAUCAACGAUCCACGGUCUGACCUCGAAUUACCUCAUGUCUGCGUCUGACCUUGCGUCUAAUACCACUGUACCCACACCGUCGUAUCAGCGGCUGAGUGGGGCCCAGGAACUGCAAGGAGCCAAAAUUUUGGCCCAUGUGCGCAAAUCAAAGUUCAAGCUGCCGAUCACAUCUUCAACGCCAUUAGUUCUUGUCAGCGCAGGUACUGGCUUUGCACCCUUCCGUGCUUUCCUGCAAGAGCGCGCGAAGCUCCAUGCGAUUGGCAAACCUGUUGGCAAGAUCCUGCUCUUCUUCGGUUGCCGUAACAAAGACGACUUCAUCUAUCAAGAAGAACUGCGUAAAAUCCAGAAUGAGUUGGGAGAUAAAUUCCGGAUUAUCACUGCAUUCUCGAGAGACGGACCGAAGAUCUAUGUGCAGGAUCGUGUUGGUGAGCACGCUGCUGAAAUCAUUGAGCUUUUAGAAGCUGGUGCCAAUAUGUACAUCUGCGGCAAAGCAAGCAUGGCGCGCGAGGUUGACAUGAAGUUAGAGGAUGCAGUAGGUAAUGCAAAAUGCCUUAGUGAGGCGGAGGUCAAGACAUGGGCAGAUGGUCUGAAGAAGAGAGGAAAGUGGAAGUCUGACGUUUGGGGUUGAUUGCUCCUCAUCCUAGAAUAAUUAGGUUCAAAGUAAUUCUUUCCCUGCUUAGUACCAUACCGCUCACACAUGCAAAGGCUCGCGACCAGAUUCAUGCUCGUAGAAUGACACAGAUUGGCAGAAGACAAAUUAAGAGGCAAUAAUGGAGUUGUGGU